GCCCAUGAUGAAGCAGAUGUCCACCUGCAGCCAGUGGAGAACCCCAUGCCUGGAUGCCCAAAGGAGGCUGUGACUCCAUGGAAAGGAGGCCAUGCUGGAGCAGGCUUCUGAAAGGACCAUGGAGACAGGAACCCAUGCUGAAAUAGGUUUUCUGGCAAGACUUAGGAUCCACACUUUAGCAGUCUGUUCCUGAACAACUGUACCCCAUAGAAGGGACCCACGCUGGAGCAGUUAAUGAAGAGCUGCAGACUGGUUGAGAUCCCGUGCUGGAGCUGAGCAAAGUUCAUAAGUGCUUGUGAGUACCUGCAUAUUCCAGCUUAAAGAGAAAAUUUUCACUUCAAGUCUUCCAGCCCCUAACUACAAUUACCAUUUGCAGUCUCACAGAGUGAAAUUUAGUGUCAUAUGACCGAGCCAAAAUGUUGGAUGACAUCAAGAAGCGAUUUGAAUUUCCUAAUGCAGUUGUUCAGUCACAGGCAGUGGGCCAUCUGAUUGCUGCAGUACUGAAAGAAAAAGUUUCUUCAAAGAAGAUCAGACAGGCUUCUGACCAGACUCCUGCUCUGAACCUGCUUUGGGAGAAGUGCUGCAGUGAGAAUGUUGCCUUGAGAACAGCCUGCUGCGAGGGCUUGGUGGCACUUGUGGUGGAGAAACAUGCUGAGCUGGACUAUGUUCUUCAUGGAGCUCUCAACCUAAUUCCCUCAGCAAGGAAUGUGCACGGCUUAGUAAAAACUAUUUGCAAGUUAAUACAAAUUCAAGCUGUUCAGCUGGGAAAAGAUGGAGAUGAGUCUGUUUGGAGUCUGUAUGGAAUCAGGAGCACUCCUCAUCCGUUAAUCACUGUCCUAGAAAACAGGCCUGAUUGCUGGCCAGUUCUACUACAGCAGAUAACCACAUUUUUCCAUCAGUGUCCAGAGAGGGCAGAGGGUUCAUGUGUUGGCAUAAUGGCUUCAUUUCUAAGAUACCUGUAUUGUGAACCAUCCCAGUUACGGGAAUAUGCUGAACUGCGAAUGGGUUUACUUAAGAUCUUACUGCAGCCUCGUGGACCAAAGCACAAAGAAGCACCCUCCCCGCUGGAGUGUGAGAUUCUUCCACUUCUGUGUGAUUUGAUUCCAUGCUUGCAGCUUAAAGACUUACUGCAAGUUACAGAAGCCUUGUUUUUCCUUCAAGAGCUGUUCCUCAGCCUACUACGCUAUCCUUUGUUUUGGGAAGUUCAGUUAUCCCAGCUUAGUCUUCAGCUGUUAUGCUUCUGUGAAGUGUGUUUAAAUGUGACAGGAGAAUGCUCAUCUUUGAUCUCCCUAAUAGAGGACAACUUGGAGCUCCUAAAAGAGGUAUUUCCCGUGGACCAGUAUAUAGUUGGGCUAGCACUUCUACUGCUGCAAACUCCGGAAAGUCAGCAAAAGUCUGUCUUGAGUCUAGCCUACAAGCUCCUUUCAUGUUCAGAAACCCAGGACAUCUCAACCACAGCCCUUACUUUGGUGAUGCCUGUGCUACAGAUCUUAUCUUCUGCAACAGUUGGAGACUGCCUAUCAGGGGAUGUUUCUGGAACUACCAGGCAGCAGCUGGCUGUAAAUCUUUUGGGAAUAUUAAAGGAGAAAGGUGUGAAGGAUAAACAGGAAUCGGUGCCCUGCAAACUCCUUUGCCCCAUAACCAGCUCUUACUGUUCAUUGUAUACAACCUGGAAGAUCAUGGAGCUCAUGAAAGAGAAGUCUGCAGUUACUAAGUGGCUAUCUUCAGUGAAGUCACUGCUACCUGUUAGCCGUCAAGUACCUGCCCAUGUUUUUCUUUUGUUGGCUUAUCUAUUGAUCCAAGAAAAUGGAGACAGUCUUUGUGGUGUACUCCAGGCUACAACAGAAAUAGCCAAGGCUGAUUGUUCUCAGGUCCCAAAUCUGAUCCCUGUUCUGAUAUUUAAACUGGGAAGACCUUUGGAGCCUGCACUUUACAGGGAGAUAUUGUAUACUUUGCCUACGCUUGGUGUACAUAAGGUUUGCGUAGCUCAGAUUCUACGUGCCAUACACAUGCUGGGGAGCACAGCUAAGCUCAGAGCAAUUGCCUCACGGCUAAUGACAUCAUUAUGGGAAAGACAGGAUCGAAUUUAUCCAGAACUGCAGAAGUUCUUGGCCAUGUCUGAUAUGCUUUCUGUGUCUGUUGACAAAGAUGCUCAAUGGGAAAAGCUGAUUGCUAAAGCUGCUUGUAUAAGAGAUAUAUGUAGGCUGAGGCCAUACCAGCAUGGAGCAGACAUGUUGGCUGCAAUUUCCCAGGUACUAAAUGAAUGCACAAAACCUGAUCAAGCUUCACCCGCUGCCAUAGUAUUACAGGGUCUACGGGCACUUUGUGAGGCUGAGGUUGUUUGCAUCCGUUCUACGUGGAAUGCUCUGUCACCAAAGCUGAGUUGUGAUACAAGACCACUCAUUUUAAAAGCACUGAAUGAAUUGUUUUCCCUGGUUCCCUCAUUAACAGUGAAUACAAAUGAAUUUGAGAAAUUCAAAGCUCAAGUUAUCAGCUUCCUUUGGAACAAUACACAGAAUGAGGAUGCACUUGUAGCCAUUUCAGCCUAUAAAUCACUCUCAUCAUUUGACUCUGAAGAGCAUACAAUUCAUCAUCUUCCUGGACAGGCACGACCAGAAGUUGACUCCCUGGAAGAGAUAGAUAUGAAUGAAGAUGAAGAGGAUCAGGAGGCAAAUCUGUUUGUUCCAGGUUCUUCAUAUAUCAAGCUGUUGUCUCUAACACCAGCUGCUGUUUUAGGAGCAUUUGAAGAGUUUGCAACAUCACUUGUGAAACAGGAGAUGACCAACAUGCCACGUGCUGUGUAUCAUUCUGCAUUAAGAGGAGGGACCACACGCUCAGACCAGGGGAAGACAGUGGCAGGUGUUCCAAAUUUCUUGCUGAAAAUGUAUGAGAGGAACAAGCAACCAGGCAUGACACCAGGCCUUGCAGCUGGCAUGUUGCUGUGUUUCGACCUCCCAGUCCACAUGGGCAAGGAUGGCAAGCCUAUUAAUCGAUUUCUGGCCAGCAGGGGCCGCAGUUUCCAGCAAAUGUUGAUCGCCCUCAUUCAUGAGGUUAAUAUUCAGCCUUCUGAAUGGCACCACUCCAUACUGCUGCCACAGACCUGGUUAGGAUUUAUGAGUCGAACCUACAAUGCAGUCCUGCAGGGGAGGCUGGCAGAGCUGGAGAUGCAGUUAAAGCAUGGAAAAGAGGAUCCUGAAGAGGUGCAGUACAAACAAUUUACAGCCUGGCUAUGGGUCAGAGAUAUGUUGACCGAUGUCAUCAAAGGUGCUUCCAAAGACAGCCCAGUGGUGAAAGGAAACUCUAUUUUUGCUUUAACUGGCCUUGCGGUUGCUGUAGCCAAAUAUGAAAGCAGCCUUUCUUCAGACACUGAAGAGGUGCCUGAGACUGAACCUGAUUUUAUUCCUAUGAAACACUGGAUUUCCAUGGUCACAGAGACCCUCUUGAGUAUUGUGAAUAGCCGCUACCAGCCUAAAGGUCAGGUCUUCCCUUGGUUCUAUCAGAAAUCUUACUCAGGUGAAAAUACUGCUAGUAUUAUAGCUCGAUCCUGUGCAGCCACAGCUUUGUCUCUCCUGGUGCCCAUUUUCAUUGUAUCAUGCAAGGAGAAGGUUGAGGAGGUCCUGAGUAUGCUGACUGACAGGUUACCUGGAAAACCAAAUGCUGACGAAUCUCAAGCUGUUCAAAUCCACAUGGGCCUUGGUUUGGGGAUGUUCAUCUCACGUUUGUAUGAAGAAAAAGUCAGUGAUAUACCUGGUCAACAGAUGAACUUCGUUCUGAUGAAGUCUCUGGAUGUGUUGGAGAACUGCUGCUUUGACACCAGUCUGGAGUACAACACUGGAUGUAUUUUAGGAGUAGGACUUGUUCUUUCAUUUAUGAGUCACAGUAGCCAAACAGAAUCGCGAGUGCAUGUUUCUGCUUCAUUGCGAAAACUCUACAAAUACCUGGACAGCAGUGAGGACCAAAGCAGAGGAGUCCAGGAGGUACUUGCCUAUUCCGUGGCCUGUUCCUGUGUCUCUGCUUUCAGUGUAGGAAUCAUAGAAGCAACUGAGGCUGAGAAGGCUAUGAGCAAACUACGGACCUUAGCAGAAAAUAAUCAGCAGACCUACAGUUUUGCUUUAGCUUUAGGUGCAAUAGUACAUGGAUUGUCAGCUUGUGGUCAUGGGAAAGCUGAAGACCUGAGUAACAAACUAAUUCCAGCCUGGAUAAAAAUUGUACUUGCAGAGGGUUCUCCAACAAUGGAGCGUCUGGCUGCUGUCAGUGGGCUGGUUGCACUGGUGGGCUCUGAAGGAGGCAUGAUACAGCUGAAAUCUGAGAGCAUUCAGUCCUCACAGUUUCAAAGUAAGCUGAAUGAAGUGAUCAGAACCCUUACACAGAUAAUUAGUUUCUCAGAGCAGAUUGGUCUUCAGACAAAUGCAGCAAGACUUCUGGGACGUCUUCACAUGUCCUGUUUGUCUUCUACCCAGAACAGGGCAUCUGUUCCUCCAGAUUUCAGCUACUUACCUGUAAACAGCUUUAUUAGGGCAGCCAUUGACUUUGCUAUUGAAAGUGGAAAGAAAGGCCCUGAAUCUGUCCCACCUGAGCUGGUGAAAGUAGCACUGGCACCCAUUGCAUUAGUUGGAGAAAGCCAUCAGUAUCCACCUGUAAACUGGGCAUCCAUUCUUUCUCCUUUGAUGAGGCUGGACUUUGGUGAGGAGGUAAAACAUCUCUGCCUUGAACUGGCUGUGACACAGGCCCAGUCAUCUCAAAAUGCAGCAAUGCUUUUAGGGAUGUGGGUGGCACCUCCCCUUAUCUACAGUCUCAGUAUGAAAACUCAGAAAUACCUUUUCAUGUCCCUUUCCCUGUGGAUGCAACAUGUUGCAGAAGACAAAUUGCAGUCUUUUACAGAAGUGCUUCUGAUACAAAAAUUUGAAGUGAAGAACCGCACAAAAAGCCCAGAAAUUUGCCAGUGUGUUCUACACGGGCUCAUCCAGGCAAUGAAACUUCCCAACCCUCCUCAGUUUUGCUGGAGCUUUUUGUGUCAGGCUGUGGAGAAAAUAUAUGAGCUUCUUCCAAAUGAGGUUCAGAGAGGUGAACUGGAGAUGUAUAUCGAUGUAGCAAGAUGUAUUUCAGAAAUGGCUGAUUCAGAGAUCAAUCGCAUCGUCCAGAUCUCCAAGCAGAACAGGAACAGUGUGAACCAGAGUGUUGUUGUAUCUUCUGAAUCUCAGACCGAUGAUGCAAACAGCAGACCACAGUCCUCUUUGGACAAUAUAGAGAAGGCCACGUUCAUAAAAGUGUAUUUAGUUUCUCAAGGCAGAUUGUCUCUGACUAACUUGAGUGCCGUGAUUGAUAUUGUGGCGGAAUAUCACCGGAAGGAAAAUAUUUUAUGGAUGUUCUUGCAUAGUUUCUAUCAUGCUCGCAUUGUGAGACAUGAGAAUACAGGAGUUCUGAAAAGAAUGGACUGGCUGUUAGACCUGAUGGGCUACAUCAGAAAUGAAGCAUACAAGUCAACACCCUUACGAAAUGUUGAUCUGAAAGAGCGCAUAGAUUUCCUUGUGUGGCUGUUUGCAGCUUCUGUUUUGGCCUGGGCUGACCAUGGUGCACCAUUACUGCUUGGCCUCAGUGCUGACUGGUCACUGUGGAAACACCACAUGAUAUCACCAGAAUUAUAUGAGGAACAUAUUGGCAAGCACCCCACUGAAAAAUUUGCUGUGCAAGAGACUCUCACUCUCCUUCCAAGUAGCCUUUCCCUUUUGCUGGCUAAAGAACCGUGGAAAGAACAAACACAGAAGUUUAUUGACUGGCUGAUCAAUAUGAUGGACUGUCCUAAGGAAGCAUUAUCAAAAUCUACCAUGGACCUGCUGAAAGUUACACUUCUGGCCUUGAGGUCUCUUGCAGAGUUCAAGAAGAAAGCAGUAUGGACUAAAGCUUAUGGGUGGUAGCUGCACACCGUACCUUAUCCGAUGAAGAAAAUCGUCCAUACUUAAAAACAUAAUAUUAUUACUUAGGCAUCAAGAAGCUGUAUUUCAAAGACAUUUCCUAUCGCAAGAUUUUUUAUUGGGUUUGGGGUUUUUUUUUACCCAUUUGCUUCAUCACAAAAAUUCCUAUGAAAAGCAAUAUUUUGUCUUUAAGUGAUGUGUUAUUGUUUUGCAAAUGUGCUGAAUCUAAAUGAAAAAUACACAUUCAGUUUCAAUUGAAUUGUUUCAGUGACAUCUGGGAACCUCAAAAGCUGGAGUGAAUAUUCCUUUAAUUUGUGGAAGCUUUGAAGGAAUGGCUGAAAAUAAAACAAACUGCUAAAAUUUGAUAGAUAUAGCGUAUUUAUUAAAGUAUGUUUUAGUGUAACAGA